AUGCGGAACCUGACCAGCAGAAAUGCCUCCCAAUUUUACGGAGGAACCAGUCUCUUUCAGAUGCACCUUUCGGACAACUGGACGGUCCCCCUCAUCAGCGCCGACCAGCAGGCUGCCCAGAUUGUCCCACCGCGAAAGAUACUCCUGGCCUCGGAUGAGCCAGGGGGGUCUGACUACGAUCCUCACCAUGAGGUUUGCCGUCACUUGGUCAAGACCUUCUUCCGACAAUCCUACCAGUACAACAUGUUUAUCUAUCGUGAAUACUUUCUGCGCGACUAUGACGCCGGCUUCGGUCGGUAUUACUCUGAUCUUCUCUUGUGCUCCAUAUGCGCCACCAGUGCACCAUUAUCCGAAGAGCCCGAUUUAUCCGCUCUGUCGAAUCUGUUUGUCCGACGAGCCCAUGCCCUUCUAUAUGCGACGCUGGAAAAUCCCGAUCUGACGACUUUGCAAUCACUGAUCCUGCUUGGCCACUUGGACAUUGGCCAGGGCAAGGCAUCCAAAGGCUGGCUUUUCUGUGGAAUGGCAUUUCGUCUGGCGCAUGAGAUGGGCUUGCACCUCGACCCCAGCAACUGGGCACAAACCUCCAAAUCUCCGGUCGACAGAGAGAUCUUGCGUCGGGUCUACUGGGCCGCCUUCACCGCGGACAAACAGCUGAGUCUUCAUUUCGGACGGCCUCCCGCCCUCUAUCCACAUGAGUCGGAUGUCCACAAUGCCAUGCGUAUUCCCUAUCCCGCUGAAUGGGAGAGGCUGCUUGAUACCUACAUCUCGCCUGGGAGUUCGACGACUGCCUAUGAGGAUGGUAUCGCGUUGGUUGCCUCACUAAUUUACCAGAUUGAACUGGCCAAGAUCUUUCACAAUCUCAUUGUCAAUAUCUUCGAGAACAGGAGUCAAAUCAGCACGGUUACUGCAAUGACGGCCCACCAAAUCCAUGUGGACAUGACGAACUGGCUCUCCAGGCUCCGGGAAAGCUACAUUGGAACCAGUGGAUGGUUGGACGAGUGCCUGCAUGCGUUCUACACCUGCAGAAUGAUAAUCCUUCAUCGUCCCCCACGAACUCUCUUCGGUGACCCCAAGAUUGCCACGAGCGAAGACAUCGAAAUUUGCUACCAAUCCUUAGAGGCCAUCCUCUGCCUUUUGAGGAGCUACGCGCGCCAUUAUCGCUAUGUCGACCUCCCUCUUGACGUGAUGCAUAUCCUGUCAACCGCGGCAGCCACGGUCUUGAUGAAGCGGUUUUUCAACAAGGCCUUGUGGACCGACGUCGAGAUAGCCAAGCCGCUGUCUUUCCUUCUCGGCGCCAUGGACGAGAUCCAAGUCAAAUGGCCGUACAUGUUUGAGAUUCGGGAGAGUAUCACCAGAUCCAUCUCCGAACCACUGGUGGAUCGUGAUGUUGGGCAGGCUUGUGAGAUCGGACCCCUGCGCAGUCCAGGAUCCGCAGAUGGGCCCCCUGCCGGUCAUGAUGAUCAAAGUACCACGUCAGCUGGUGAUCUGGGCCUUCUUAUGACAAAAGACUUUUUGAGCGGUCAUUUCGAAUGGGACGAGUCGCUCCUGCCCUGA